AUGGUCUACGUGAUAGACCAGCCAGGAUAUGCCUGUUUCAACCACACCACCGACACAUUGAAAACGGGUUUUGCGACUGCACUGAAUGAAUAUUGUAAUGGUCGUCUGCUCGAGGAUUUGCUCACGGGCCUAGAAAACAGUCUUAGAGUACAGCGAAUCAGAGUAAAUGAAUACGACUAUGAUAUGUCACGAUGUUUCUGCUCGCUAGGACAAAUAUUUGUUAUGUUUGAACUCGGUCAUAUCGCACACGAUUGUCAUGUGCAGACACCGACAAUCGAUGCCGAUCGACAAGCUAAUGCUAGACCACAAACCGUACGAUGUGUUGAAGAACAAAAGGGAUCAGUAGGUGCUCGAAAGAAGUGA